AUGCCUCGUCCCGGCGCCGGCGCGCGCACUCCUUCGCGCCGAUCCGACGAGCUCUUUGCUGCUUUCAACGGCCCUGCCGACACCGAUCCUGCGCUGCCACCGGGCUAUUCCGAAGCCAGCAGCUCUGCAUCGCGAUCCGCUCCAAGAAUGUCGACGGACGUCUUCUUUGACGCUGGCGAUGCGCUGCCGCCUGAGCCCGACGCUCCGUCGCUGCGCGCCUCGGCCGCCACCGACCCUCUUGGCGCAGAUCGUGCCAACGCAUCAUCGUCGGAUCAUCGCGCUCAAUCCUCCUAUCGACCGCCUCGCCCGAGCAACCCAAACACGUUCGCCUACGACUUUGAGCGGCCCGAAUACUUUCCCACUGCAACACGCAGACCGCCCGCCUCGGCCAACAAUAACACCACCGCCACCACCACCAGUCCCUCACCAGACCCUCCCACCAACACGCACCAGACCAUCGACAUGGGGUUCCAGGGUGGCGACAACGACAACGACGACUCGAUCCACUCGGCGGGCGGCAGUGUCCAGCGCAACGGCUACAGCUCGCUGCCCACAUCCAAUGCCGGCGCUUCCAGUCAGGAUGCCUCGGAGCACAUGUCGAGGAGCGAUCGCAUGCGUUUGGCGCUCGGCCGAUUCGGACGCUUCGUCGGCAUGGGCAUUCCGGGCGCGCGCUACUCUUCGCUCGCCCAGCACGACGGCGCGCGAGCCGGUGUGCAUCGUCCGCGCGUCGUCGGCGGCGGAAUCGGCCAGGACGGCGUCUUUGCCAACCUCAGCGCAAAACCCGAACGCCGUCGACGCGGCCACAACGCCGGCGGCACCGACGACCGAGGCGACGACGACGACCUCGAGGACGACGUGCAGCCGCCCACCUACGACAUUGCCGCCGCCGAUGCCGUGCCCCAGUACUGGGAGACCACCAUCCUGGGCGGCAGCGUCCAUCCGCUCGCCAACGGAAUGGGUUGGACCCCCGGCGGCGCGCACGUCGGCGCCAUCGAGGACCUCAUCGUCGAGGGCCUCGCCGUGGGCAACCUGUUUGGCUUUGCGUGGAACAUGCUCGUGUCCAUGACCUUCCAGUUUGUCGGCUUCCUCCUCACCUAUCUCUUGCACACCACCCAUGCUGCGCGCUGCGGCAGUCGCGCCGGUUUGGGCAUCACGCUCAUCCAGUACGGCUUCUAUCUGCGCACGCGCGCCGCCGAGAUCGCCGAGGGCAAGAUCAUCGAUGGCCCCUUUGCAGCUGGUGGCGGCGCCGUCUCUGCUGGCGCAGGGGGCAGUGGCUGGUUCGGCGAGGAGAUCGACUCGGACCCCACGGCAGCAGGCGGUGCCAGGAGAAGGCGCGGCUGGGUCCAGCGCAUGGUGCAGCCAGGACAGCCCAACGCCAAUGGCGCCACGCUCGCCGACCUCAUGGCGGCGCAGGCGGAUGGUCAGCCCGUCAACGUCGGCGACCAGAACAUCUCGGACAGCAUGAGCCAGUCCACCGAGUGGCUUGCGUACGUGCUCAUGGUGCUUGGAUGGACCAUCCUCCUCUCGAGCAUGCUCAGCUACUGGCGCAUCUAUCGCUGGGGCAAGAGCCUCGUCGACGCCGCCAGGCGCGAGCAGGAGUCGAGCGAGAGUACGGCCAAUGCAGAGGGCGAGAGCGCGGCAACUUCGGGCGCAACGGGCUUUGUGCAUCGCUUCCGCUCGCUCUUUGGUAGUCGCAGCGGCGGUGCGAGCGGCACGGGCGAGGACUGGGUCAUUUUCCCAGGUGCGGGACGCCGGCUCGGCACCACCACUGGCCGCUCAAGAGGCGCAGCGCGGUCGCAAAACGAUGCCAGCUACGACCAUCCCACGAGCAUCGCCGAUCUGGAAGACGACGACGGUUUGGAUACCCAAGAUGCGCGUCUCAACCCGCAGGAGCGAAGGCUGCUCAACGACAUGCGUCGCGUCGGUCUUUUGUAG